AUGCAAUAUACACUGAUAAUUUAUGGACAGAAACACAUGAUCUACGCAAGGGAUCUUAGCAUUGCAUGGUCGGACAAAGACGAGUAUUGGUCAUGGCUGCCUCUCCGGUAUGAUAUAUCAAGCGAAAAACUCGUUGAUGCUGCUGUGCUAGAAGCAGUUUGUUGGCUAGAUGUAAAUGGAAAAUUUGACACGAGAGAACUGACACUAGAGACAACCUAUGAGGUUGUGUAUGUCGUGAAGUUAGAAGAUACAGCUUCUGGAUGGAACAUACCAGUGAAUCUGAAGUUGACCUUGCCCGACGGUAAGAAAAGGCCACAAGAGCGAAGCAUGUGCUUGAAAGAGCAUAUAGGGAAACGGUGGAUAGAUAUAUCAGCCGGUGAGUUCGUGACAUCACCAGAUAAUGCUGGAGAGAUCAGUUUCUCCAUGUAUGAGACCAAAUCUUGCUGUUGGAAGAGAGGGCUCUUUGUCAAAUGUGUCGAAAUUCGUCCGAAAAACUAA